AUGGCGCAUAUUUUCUUCCUUUCCUUCCUCCUAACACUAGCAACUGCCCUUCAUGGUACCCAUUCAGUCGACUACGUCGUCACCAACAAGGCCGGAGCAAGCCCGGGAGGGGUCCGCUUCAACACCGACAUCGGAGCCAAGUACAGCAGGCAAACCCUAAUCUGUUCCACUGGUUUCAUCUGGAGGGUGUUCCAGCAAAACACAGCCGCUGAUAGAAAGACUGUACAAAAGGUCACUUUGAUAAUUGAUAACAUAACCGGGGUUGCAUAUGCUAGCAACAAUGAAAUCCACGUCAGCGCUGGCUACAUAGCUGGUUACUCAGGCGAUGUGAAGAGAGAGAUCAGCGGUGUGCUUUAUCAUGAGUCAACGCACGUGUGGCAGUGGAAUGGGAAUGGUCAAGCUCCUGGGGGUUUGAUUGAAGGAAUUGCUGAUUACGUGAGGCUGAAGGCAGGGUUUGUGCCAAGCCAUUGGGUUCAGCCAGGGCAAGGGAAUAGGUGGGACCAGGGCUAUGAUGUUACUGCUAGGUUUUUGGACUAUUUGAAUGGUCGGAGAAGUGGGUUUGUGGCAGAACUCAAUAAGAAAUUGAGGAGUGGUUAUAGUGCUAAGUAUUUUGUUGAUUUGCUGGGGAAGAAUGUUGAUCAGCUUUGGAGUGAUUACAAGGCCAAGUACGCACAAAAUUAA